AAAAAUAAAACGAUUAAAAAAAUUAUGGUGUCGCACCGCCCUUUUAUUUAGCAAUUAGCCAGCAACUACCCCCCCCCCCCCGGUUAUUUUAUACUAGCUUUUGCGAUAAUCGACGCCAUUGCUGAGGCCCACGAAGGAUUUGAAAGCCUGCCUGCUACGCAAAUGCAGCACAAAGCCAGGAUGUCUCUGGGGGGCUCUCCUGUGACGGUGGUCCAGCUCCCUGGGGGUCAUUUCCAGGUGCAGGGGGUGAUCCAGUCGUCGGUCAUCCAGUCCCCACAGGUGCAGACUGUUCAGGGCCAGGGCUCAGACAGUGACGACUCCCAGGACUCCUCAGACAGUGGAGCCUCCGCCCAGAAGACCAGAGAGAUACUGGCCAGACGGCCCUCCUAUAGAAAGAUCCUCAAUGAGCUGUCUGCUGAGGAGGUGGCGUCACGGAACGAGGGAGAGGAUGACAACCCUGCUUCCUCUGGCAUGACCACAGUGACAGUGCCCAACACCCAGACAAUCUACCAGACCAGCAGCGGCCAGUACAUUACCAUCGCCCCUAACGGCACCAUUCAACUGGCCAACCCGGGGUCAGAGAGCCUUCAGGGCUUACAGACUCUCACCAUGACCAACUCAGGCCAACAGCAGGGCACCACCAUCCUACAUUAUGCCCAGACGCCCGACGGACAGCAGCUACUCGUGCCCAGCAACCAGGUGGUCGUACAGAGUGCAGGAGGAGAGAUGCAGACGUACCAGAUCCGCACGGCGCCCACAGCGCAACAGACUGUGGUCAUGACUUCCCCUGUAGGAAUGUCUGAGCAGAAGACUGGCGACCCCACCAUGAAGAGAGAGAUCCGACUCGCUAAGAACAGGGAAGCGGCCCGUGAGUGUCGCAGGAAGAAGAAGGAAUACGUCAAGUGUCUGGAGAACCGUGUGGCCGUGCUGGAGAACCAGAACAAGACUCUCAUUGAGGAACUCAAGACGUUAAAGGACCUGUACCAUGUCAAAACAGGAUAACCAGGAGGGCAAGAAGAGAAGCCGGCCAGCAAGCAAGACUUUUACCGUCAGCGAGCGGCUUUGUUCUGCCACAUGGACAACGCGAGGUUAACCGGGAACACCUUUAAUUUCAGACCUGAAAUCAUCCUCCUCAGUUUGUGUUUUAUACUGUUUGUUUUAACAAACACGGUGGCCAUGGCAAGUGUUCCAUAUAAAAGACAAUGAAAAGAGUGUGAAAGAGAGGUUGUCUGUUUUUAAUCAGAACUCUUUUUAUUGAGCUAACAAAUUGGAUAACUAAUGCUUAAAUGUUUAUUUGUGUAUAUUUUGUGAGCACAUGUGAAUUGUGAGCAUAAUCAUUGACAAUCAAUUUCCAAUUGUGUCCCCCUUUACCAGAAUCCGCUCCUUUCUUUUCCUUUCUUUAUUUUUAGCAGUGGGCUCAAUCUGCUGUUUUUAACAUCAAACAAUUAUCAGCUGAAUUUGUAUUGUUUGAUGACCUCAUGGUGUGAUUCAUGUGUCUUAUGUGAACCAGCUAUUUUCACCCCACCCCCUUUCCCCCAUGAGGAAAUGUUACAAGUCUCAUUCCUUACCCUUUUAAGUGGUAUUCGAUAAGAUUGUCUUAGAUUGUGUAAGGCUGAAAUAGCUGUUACUAUCAGGGAGAACACACAAUGUCAGGGUAAUAUUUAUUUAAUAUUUCUGUAGACGGUGGGGGGGGGGGGGG